AUGCCUAGACAUGCUCGCAUACACUUUGUACCAACUAGGUCGUCUCUAGUCAACCUACCUAUCUCGCUGUACGGUCCUCUUCUGGAACGCAAUAUACGCCCUCAGCAUGUCGCCGUAGUGCUCUCAAAAGUCGGCCAGACACCCAAGAAGGACAUCUACGUAGGAUGGACCGGGAUGAUGGCCGCGUCAUCUGUGGCCCGCUUCUCUGGUUCGAGCUCCGGGGGUACUGGUGAUACGGAGACGGUUGAGAUCGACCCGCAGUUCGCGAGUGGUCUGGGAUUGUCUCAAGGCGAUGUAGUUGAAGUCGGUCUAGCGUACGACUUACCUCACGCUCGGAUGGUGACCACGGAGCCGCUUACAGCUGACGAUUGGGAGAUCCUUGAACUGCACGCAGAACAUGUCGAGUCCACACUUCUGUCCCAAGUGCGCGUUGCAAGCCUGGGUCAGGAACUCGAUGUCUGGGUUCACGGCACCACACGCGUCCGAUUACGAGCGACCGCGCUUGACCCUCCAAGUGCAAAAGCACUCUUGCUCACGACCGACACCGAGCUCUCAAUCGCACCCAAGGCGCAUGCCAAACUAACGCGUUCAUCUGACAAGGCGAAGGGAUCCGAAACGGUCGUGGCCUCCUCUUCAAAGCUAUCAUCGGAUACCGCAUCAAAUAAACCAUCACCAGUGCUUUCGACCGUUUUCCGCGUACUACCCUCAACACUUACUUCGCGCCUACCGCACGCCGGCGAAGAGCCUGUCGCCUGUGUUUCCCCCUCACUACUAGCAUCCCUACCUCAAGGGUCGUAUGAUGCUCUUGUACGUGUUUUGCGUGCGCCGCCUGAUCCGGAGGACACGCCAGGAUCAGCGCCGGUCUCCGAGCCCAAAGUUCUAGAUCUUGGGCGCGCCUCUUCGUCCGGCGAGGGAAAAGCCGGCGUCGAGAAGGAUGAGCAACGCACGAUGCCUAUCCUGCCGCUUGCUGAGGUGCCCGAGGGUCAGGUCGUUAUUGUGGGUGGCGCUGCCAGUGCCGGCUCGGACGGGAUACCGAACGAGUGGGACAGAGUCCUACUAUCCGUCCUUCCUGGAUCAUUAUCAUUGGAGACACCUCCAGAACUGAUACAACGAGCCAUCAAGAACCCCACUCACUCUCUCGCUGGAGUCGACGCUGUAUUGAAAGCGAGCGCCGACUACUGCCGAGCCGCGUUUAUGCUCAUGCGCAGCGGGCGCUCUUCGGGAUUACCAGCUCUACUCAUCACCGGCCGUUCGGGGUCAGGCAAGACGGAGGUCGCGCGCGCCGUAGCUCGUGGGAUGCAACACGACGAUGGCGUGCAUACGUAUGUUCGCUACGUUGACCUGGCGCGGUACAAGGAGCGCCCCGCGCGCUCCCUGCGCGAACUCUUCGUAGCUUGGCGGGACGCAGUGGCAUGGAGAGCCCCGGGAGUACUGAUCCUGGAUAACUUGGACGUGAUUCUGGGCGCUGAGGCAGAGCACGCAGACUCCUUCCAGACUCGCCACGCCACAGAGGCUUUCCUUUCGGUUUUCGUUCGGAAACCGAUAUCUGGAGUCCUAUUGGUCUGUACGGCCCAGGGCGACACGUCUCUGCAUCCUGCUCUUGGUGCUGCACAUGUCUUCAAGAAGACAGUGGCCUUACGCGCGCCGGAAAAGGAAGCUCGUAAGAUGAUCCUUGAUCAAGCACUCAAUCAACGGCUCGCAUCGGCCCAGUCUCUUUCGCUCGACGACGCACAAGCGCCGAAUGCCCUCGCUAUAGCAACACAGACCGAGGGAUACAGCGCCACGGAUCUACGCGAUCUCGUCGGACGCGCCGUGCAUGUCGCUGCGGCUCGUGCGGCAGCGGACUCUAAUGCGCCUGAUACUGCGAUACUCAGUAUGCGAGACUUUGCGGAAGCGCAAGACGGGUUUGUACCGCGCGCGCUCCGCGAUGUACCACUGCAGACGUCGACCGUUGCUUGGUCUGACAUCGGCGGGUUGACCGAAACCCGGCGCGUCCUACGCGAGACGCUCGAGUGGCCGACGAAGUACGCAGCCAUCUUCAAGCAGUCGCCCCUUCGCUUGCGCUCAGGUUUGCUCUUGUAUGGAUAUCCAGGUUGCGGCAAGACGAUGCUAGCGAGCGCUGUAGCGCGGGAGUGCGGGUUGAACUUUAUCAGCGUCAAGGGCCCUGAGCUGUUGAACAAGUACAUCGGCGCGAGCGAGAAGUCGGUUCGAGACAUUUUCGAACGCGCUAGCGCGGCCAAGCCUUGCGUGCUGUUCUUCGACGAGUUCGACUCUAUCGCACCCAAGAGAGGACACGAUAGUACGGGAGUGACGGACCGAGUGGUCAACCAGCUGUUGACGCUCAUGGAUGGUGCAGAAGGCUUGGAUGGUGUAUAUGUCCUAGCCGCGACCAGCCGACCGGACCUCAUUGACUCUGCACUACUGCGGCCUGGACGUCUUGAUAAGGCAUUGCUGUGCAACAUGCCCUCAGCCGCCGAGCGCAAAGAGAUCCUCCAAGCCCAUGCACUGAAAGUCCCCGUGCAUUCAUUUGUCGACUUCACGUGGCUCGCCGAAGCAACAGAAGGCUUCUCCGGCGCUGAUCUUCAAGCGCUGGUGUACAACGCGCAUCUGGCGCUCGUGCAUGCGGAUAUAGGCGCGCAUGCGAGUCUUGCUGAAAAGAGUGGUGAUGCUUCCGGAGAGCAGAAGGUGGAGUUCGUUAGAUUUGGUGGAGGGGGCCGGAAGGGGAAGGGGAAGGCGGAGCAGGGAGUGAAGAGUCAGGCGGAGGAGAUGGAGUUGCAGCGCAGGAUCCAACGCAUGCUGUCGGCAACACAAUCCGGAAGGGGAGACGCAGACACGGGCUCGAAGAAGGCCGUCACGCACGAACCCGUCAAGCAUGAGAUCACUGACGUUCAUCUGCGCGCGGCGCUCAAGGACGCCCGACCCAGUGUCGCGAAGGAAGAGGUCGCCCGCCUAUCCAGGAUAUACUCUGCUUUCGUAGAUGGGCGCACUGGCGAGAUGCCUGUGCCGCCUGAAGCUGGUGGGAUCGGGCAACGCGCUACGUUGAUGUAG